AUGGCACGAUCAAUCGCUCUCGCAGCUCUUCUCCACGCCCUCCCCAUCGCAGCGCACCCUGAAAUCACUUCUGCCCCUGCCGCCACUGCUGCUGCCCCAAAGACCACCGACAUCUCUUUCACCGACAACAUUUCAUACUCUCCGGAAUCCAUUGACGAGGAUGUGAGCUUGACGAUCGUGUCGACGAUUACACGCAGUGACGGCAUUGACUGGUAUGCCGUUCCAAUCAGCAAGUCUAAUGGGACUGCUACUGGAAGUUCUCCUUCAGCGACUGUUGAUGUGGAUAAUGCUGGGGCUGGGAUAGCGAUUGGGACUGCUGGUGUUAUUGCUGGUGUUGCUUGCGUGCUUGCAGUCGUGCUGUGA